AUGGAAGGGGAGCAACUGCGGCACGAAGGAGAGGGACCGGCUCGAUGCAACUGCGCUCAUCCUGCCGGCGAGCACGCUCAUGACAGCGAAGACGAAGGCCAAGGUCUCCCAUCCAUGGAGAUCACGGCCACCGAGCAGGCCAACAAGUACCUCCUCAACAGCUUCAAGCAGUCGGCGGUGCUGGAGAAGUUCACCGGCAUAGGCGAUGAUGGCGCCGCUGGUGCAAACGACGACGAAUGGGACACUCCCGAGAGUGAACACGAUGACGAACCCGCCGACGGCGCUGAGGUCAUACGAGCGGAGGUGGAAUCCUUGUCCAUCACCAACGAUAGUGAUGCCGCACAGUGA